AUGACCUCAAUCGAUGUCACAGAAAUCAUAAAAUCUUCCUCAUCCUCGUUGAACCAACCGUUGAGAAAGAAACCUCGAUUCGAUGAAGGUGCAACUUCGUCAUCAGGGGCAUCUUCGUCAGGACAGCCACGCCCUGAAGAUAUUCUCGCAGCAUUGGAAGCCGAGCAAUCAACGUUUGUCGCUUUGGAUGAUGUUCAAGUAAAGAAAUUAGUCACACAGCUUGAGAAGAAAAUGCGAAUAAACCGAGAACAAAGAGUAAAGAACCCAGACGAUCCACAAAAGUUUAUGGAAUCUGAAAUUGAAUUGGAUAAAGCUAUUCAGGAAAUGCACAGUUUGGCAUCACAGCCGGAUCUUUACGUAUCGUUUGUGGAAAUCAAUGGAGUCGAAAUUCUUCUUCAAUUGUUGGGACACGAAAACACGGACAUUGUUUGUGCCACAUUGAGCCUAUUGAGAGAGCUCACAGAUGAUGAUGUGAUGGAUGAAGGAGAAGAGGGAGCUGCAGAACUCAUUGAAAGUCUUGUUUCGGGAUCGAUCGUUACUACAUUGUUGGCAUGUGUCGAAAGACUGGAUGAGACCAUCAAAGACGAAGCUGACGGAGUUCACAAUGCUCUAAGUGUUAUUGACAAUAUGAUAGGAUUCCGUGUCGAAAUUACAGAAGAGUGUGUGAAGCAUGGCUUUACCGUGUGGCUACUGAAAAGAUGUUUCCAGAAGGGAGCAUUCGAUGCAAACAAAAUGUUCGCAUCCGAGCUUCUCUCAGUUAUUCUUCAAACUUCUGACAACGCGAAGGCGAAAUUGACCGAUAAGAUCGACGGUAUUGAUAUUCUACUGAGAGCUAUCGCUGUGUUCAAGAAGAAUGAUCCGGCAAGUGUUGACGAAAGAGAGUAUAUGGAGAACCUUUUCAAUUCUCUCUGCGCCGCCCUUAUGUUCCCUGCUAACCGGAAAAAGUUUCUGGAUGGCGAGGGUCUACAAUUGAUGAAUUUGAUGCUUCGUGAAAAGAAACAAGCGCGUCAGAGUGCUCUCAAAGUUCUCAACCACGCGACGUCCGGAAAAGAAGGAAUCGAAAACUGUAACAAGUUGGUCGAAAUGCUCGGAUUACGAACAAUUUUCCCACUCUUCAUGCGGACACCUUCAAAAACUAAGCGAAAGGAUACGACGCCAGACGAACAUGAAGAACAUGUUUGUACGAUUCUCUCUUCUCUGCUCGCAGCUUGCUCGGAAACUCAUCGGGACCGAAUUGUUCAGAAGUUCGUCGAGCAUGAACACGAGAAAGUCGAUAGAGCGGUGGAGCUCUUUUUGAAAUACAAAGAGAAAGUUCAACGAUUCGAGUUGAAAAAGAAACGUCUUUCGCAAGAAGCUGGGACGUCGUCAGAAGAUGAUGAUCCGGAUAGAGAUUACCUGGAUAAACUAGACAACGGACUUUACACUCUUCAGCGACUCACGCUGAUUCUUGGCGACGUGGCAGUUUGUGUUGAAUCAGCUAGAUUGAGAGAGGAGAAACUGUUCCAAAUGAAAAUGAGCAAUAAUCGGCUGGACUUGAUGCUGGUGCCGAUUAUUCAAGAAUACAGUGAUAAUUUGGGAGAUGAUGCCACAUUGGAGCAGGAGAGAGUUCUAGUUAUGAUCAGCAGAAUUGAAAAUUUUUAUAAGUGA